GUGAGGUCGACGACAAUGGCUGAGUCUUAUCCCCUAGGCAAAUGGUGAUCGAGGAAUCAUAGCCGGUGGAAGGGAGGCCGGCUUUGCGGACACAGGCAUCCGUGAUGAAGUUGCCGGUGGCACCAAUGUCGAGAAGGUCCCGGAACUUCACCGUCGAUGCUCCAAAGGAGACGGCGACGAACUUGAGCUGGAACUGGGCGGUUCCGACACAAACGGAGGAGAUCAUGGCAUUGAGGCGGCGCUGCUCGAGGCCUAAUCUAACAAGCCGAGCGUGUCGGUUUUGUUCCUCAACGAGAUCGGAGAAAAAGAUGGUGGAGGGGUUGGGGAGGAGGGUAGUGGAACAUGUGGCCGUGGGGUGCUCAACCGACGAAAUAGAGGACGUCGUCGGGAGGAGGGCAGGCGGAGUCUGGGGGGUGUCCGGUGUGAAAGUCGUCGCUGGGGGAGGGAUUGGCAGACGAAUUGUUGAUGCCAGGAUAUGGCUACAAGGGGCGGGGGGACAGUGUUUAAGAGGAGGGGGGCCCAGAGGCCGCGGUGGAGGAGGAGGAAGUGGAUGUGGGAGGGCUGGAUCCGGUGAGGCGGGACGUCUGGUGGGUGGAGCGGCCGGCCUUGGGACAAUUGGUUUGCUGAUGCCCCAGCUGGCGGCAACGGAAACAACCGUCGUUGGCCUGGAGGAAGGCGCGUUCGGCAGGGGUGAGCUUUUUGAGACGAGGGGGUUGGGGGGAGGAGGAAAGUUGGGAGGCCAGGCGUUGCCGUUCCAUCCUCAUGAGAUGGACAGCCUGGAAGUCUUCCUCGGUGAAUUGGGCUGGGUCAAGGGACUCGGGAGAGGAGUCGAAGCCGCAGCAUCCUUCUGCUAUGAGGACCCGGGGCAGGAUGAGCUACAAUCCAUUGCUGCCUUCUUCCUUUAUCUGAAGGAAAAGAAGAAGAGCAAGACUGAUCUCAUCAUGCUUCGGCCACUGAUCAACAGCACCAGGAUCACUGGGCUGUUGGACUCUGGGGCCACCCGGAACUUCAUGUCCCCCAAUGCAGUUAAAAAGCUGCACCUGGGCAUGGAAGUUCAGCAGCUGCAGCAACCGCUGCUGGUGCGGAUUGGUGACUCUAUAGUGCUCAGCAUCAAGGAGAAGGUCAAGGGUAUCCUUGUGACCUUCGAUACUGCUGGAAAAGUCAGACAUAGUCUGAACUUUUAUAUCUACCCUGAGCUUCCCUUUGACUUGGUGUUCUCCAUGCAGUGGUUGAGGGCAAUCAACCCUAGGAUCGACUGCCAGAUCCCUAGAGAGCCCUUUGGGUUACCCAACUGGCCAACCAAGCAUCACAUCGAGCUACUGCCUGGAGCGGUCCCUCCCAAGGGCCGCAUCUACAGGAUGUCCCCUGCUGAGCUUGAGGAGCUCAGAAAGCAGCUUGAGACCCUAACCAGCAAAGGUUGGAUCAGACCCAACACAUUUGAAUUUGGUGCACCUGUUCUCUUUGUACCCAAAGGGAACGGCGAGUUCAGGAUGUGCAUUGAUUACAGGGGUCUCAAUAAGAUCACUAGGAAGAGUACUGAGCCACUUCCUAGGAUCGACGACCUCCUGGACAUGGUGCAGGGCUGCACAGUGUUCAACAAAGUCGACCUCAAAUCUGGCUGCCACCAGAUUGAGAUGGCAGAGGAGGAUGUUUACAAGACAGCCUUCAAGACCAGGUAUGGGACUUACGAGUUCCUGGUCAUGCCAUUUGGACUUUGCAACGCCCCAGGCACCUUCCAGACGGAGAUGCACUGCAUCUUCAGGCCUUACCUGGACAAGUUUAUGGUUGUCUACCUGGAUGAUAUCCUGGUAUUCAGCAAAACUGCCAGGGAACAUGCGGAGCACUUGGCUCUUGUCCUUCAGUCAUUACGUGACAGCCAGUAUAAGAUCAACAGAGAGAAGUCCUCCUUUGGAGUUCCCUCUGUCAUCUAUCUGGGCCAUGUAAUCUCUGGAGAUGGCCUGGCUCCUGAAGCAGCCAAGAUUGCUGCUAUUCAGGAGUGGCCUCAGACUGAGACAUUCACCGAUAUCUUCGAGUCUCCAACCAGUGUGGUGUCGGAUCAGCCGAUCUCCCACGAGAUCAUUCUGGAGGCCGGUGCCGUGCCGCCGAAAGGAUGCAUCUAUUGCAUGAGCGAGGAAGAGUUUGUGGUUCUCCGCGCUCAACUCGACGAUCUUUUGGACAAGGGUUGGAUCCGCCCUAGUAGCUCACCAUACGGUGCGCCAGUUCGCUUCGUACGAAAGAAGAACAAGGAUCUUCGCUUGUGCAUCGACUACCGCAAGCUCAACGCACAAACCGUCAAGAAUGCGGGACCUCUUCCGCGGAUUGACGACCUUCUUAAGCGGUUGGGCGGCGCAAAAUUCUUCUCGAAGUUGGACUUGAAGUUGGGCUACCAUCAAAUCUCAAUACGCCCGCAAGAUUGCUACAAAUCCGCGUUCAAGACGCGGUACGAGCAUUUUGAGUGGAUGGUUAUGCCUUUUGGCCUCACCAAUACCCCGGCGACCUUUCAAGCGGCAAUAACCAACGAGUUCCGUGCGAUGCUGGACCGGUUCGUAAUAGUUUACUUAGACGACAUUCUCGUCUAUAGCCGGACAUUGGAGGAUCAUCUUGAGCACCUUCGACGAGUGUUGGAGACGCUCCGCCUUGCCAAGUACAAAGCCAACCGCGACAAGUGCAAAUUUGUCCAGCAAGAGUUGGAAUACUUGGGCCAUUUUGUCACACCGGCGAGCAUCAGUGCAAAUUCCGCUGUUGCUGUGACAAACAACGAGGCUGGAAAUUUUGCAACUGCUGCAGCCCCAAGAUUGGAACGAGCAGGUGCUGGUCCCAGCCACGUCAGUCCCUAUGUGGACCGAGAGGCUGUUCAAAUAUCGUCUAAGUACGACGGCAAAGAAGACAUCGAAUCAUGGAUAAACUCCAUGAGGGCAUACUUCGAGGUGUUGGGGACUGAACCUGAGACCCAGUCCGUGAUCAUGGGAAUGAAUGUUGAGCCGGUCGUGCGGGGCUUCUUAGAGGUCCAAGCAACGCGAGCUGGGAUUCCCAAAAUAAAACUAACAAGGUGGCUUAAGACCACCCCGGUUGCCUCCCUCGAGGAACUCCUCAUUUCGCAAUACUUGGAUCCACAUGCUGCAGCAAAGGCAAGAAUCCAGCUUGACAAAAUCACGCGCAGCAAGUGGACGGGCUCCAUGAAAAGCCCGCAAACUUACCUUAGCAAGAUGUUCGCUACACCCGGAUUGGAACUAACUGCCCAAUCUUGCUUGGAUGUGGUCAAAGGCGCGGUUCCCACCAACUUUACUUAUUGCCUAGGCAGGGACUUCAUUGGUUACACUGACUGGUUCACCUUAAUGAAGGACAUAGUCAGUCUUGAGACUGUAGACCUCAUCACCACAACAGGCAGCAAAAAGCCCAUGGGCGGCAGGUGGUUCAAAGGCAGCAACCGUUUUGUUGUGCAUGACCUGUUGGAGGCUGAAGAAGAAGUCGAUGCAGAGGACCCCACUCUUGGUGACGUCCAAGAACAGGACCCUGAUACUUGUUCUUCGGCCCAUGAGUUUGACGCAAACCAUGAAGAAGAAAAAUUUACUGCCUUCAAAAAGAAUGCCAACACAAAGGGGCCGAAUCGAAGUGCAGGGAAGAACUAUGUCCAACUUCCCAAGGGAGUCAAGAUCCCACCUAAACCGGAGGAUGCGACUACUAAACCUUGGGUCGACCUCCAGAUUACUGAAAAUGACUGGCGGGGUAGACUCAAGAAGGGGUCCCAAUGCGAAUGGACCAAGUGGAAGGAGUCACUCUUCAUGGUCAAAGAUGAUCAUGGGAACGAGCUUCCUGUCCUUUCGGAUGAGAAGCACGAGUCCCCAGUGACUUUUCUGAAUGCUAUGAAGUUCUGCAAGAAAUGGCACAAGCACAAGGAGGAAGAACAGUUGUAUGUUGCCUUUGUUCGUGGGUGCAAGGUCUUCUCCAAGAUUGAUCUCAAGUUUGGUUACCACCAGAUUGAAGUCGAUUUUGCGGACCAGCACAAGACUGCGUUCAAAACGCGCGAUGGGCUUUACGAGUUUACCGUAAUGCCCUUCGGUCUCACGAACGCGCCAGCCACCUUCCAAAGCCUCAUGGACAAGGUCCUCCGCGAACAGAUUGGCCGGUUUGUGGUGGUCUACCUCGAUGACAUAUUAAUCUUCAGCAAGUCCAUGGAGGAACACCUCAAGCAUCUUGAGGAAGUACUGACCAUCCUCAAGAAAACGCAACUCCAUCUCAACUUAGAGAAAUCUGAGUUUGGGAAGGAUAGCGUCAUCUAUCUUGGGCAUCGGUUGUCUGCUGCAGGCUUGGAGCCUGAGGCAACCAAGGUUGAGGUCAUACGCAAUUGGCCUCAACCCGUGAACAUUCGCGAACUGCGUUCUUGUCUUGGCCUCGCGUCAUAUUAUCAGAAGUUUGUGCCCCGCUUCUCUAUUGUUGCUCAUCCAUUGUCGCAGUUGACGAGUAUAAAUGUUCCCUAUUCCUGGGACGCCGCUUGCACGAAUGCUUUCCAAGCUUUAAAGGAAGCCUUGGUCCUGCCACCAGAAGACGAGAGGAGGCUAAUGGUUGAAGCAAGGGCCCGUAAUCUUGAGACUGUGAGGGAAGCUGCGGCAGCCGUAGAGAGGACAUUAGCAGCAGCAGCAGCUAGCGCUGUAGCGAGGACUACAUCUGCGGCAACAUCUGAGUUAACCUUCUCCGGUUUUCCGUUUGGAAUGCUGGACACAACCAGUCAGUCCAUCUCCAGUACGUUAGGGUCUAGAACCAGUCAGAUGGCGGGCUUGCAGUCCAGCUCGCCGCCUCCACGCACCAGGGAGCAGAUGGAACUCCAGCAAGUAGAGAGGAUCCGCUUAAGGCUAGAGGAGGAACUUAAAGAGGCUACUAAAAGAGAGAAUGCAAUUAGGAAUAGAAGUGCCAAACUUGAGGGUAGGGCGGCAGACAAAGCUGCUUUAGAGGGGUUAGAUGAAUCGACACUGGACAAUAACGUGAAGAUUGUCAAGGCGAGCAUCCUGUCCAUGCAUGCAUACAUGGACAACAAACUGGACGCUACCCAGGACACCCUAGACCAGAUCUUGAAUGCCAUGUACAGACCAGGAGUCAGGCCAGCAGUUUUGCCAUCGCUGCCAUUUUGGGCGAUGACAGACCCGUAUCCGCCUCAAUCUGGUACCAUACCCAGUGGUACUUCAGCAACAGCUUUAUCUCAGAAUGUUGCCUCUUCUCAUCUUCUAGUCCAACGAUCUUUCUUGGGAAUGACAGGCUACUAUAGGACUUUCGUUAAGAACUAUAGCAUAGUGGUCGCUCCUUUGACUGAUCUGACCCGCCUUGACAACCCAUGGGAGUGGACAGAUGAGUGCAAGGCUGCUUUCAGACAUCUGAAGCAUGCGUUGACGCACUACGAGGUCUUGAAACUUCCUGAUCCUGACAAGCCAUUCAUAGUCACCACGGAUGCCAGCCAAUACGACAUUGGCGCCGUGCUCGCGCAGCAGGAGGGGCCAAAGUUGAGGCCAGUCGAGUACACGUUGAAAAAGAUGUCAUCUCAGAAGUUAGCACAAUCCACCUACGAGAAGGAACUCUACGCCGUGUACAAGGCUCUGACCCAUUGGAGACACUAUCUCCUUGGGAGAUUCUUCAUCCUCAGGACUGAUCAUCAGACCCUGAGAUGGAUGAGAACUCAGCCCGUACUUUCUGACGCUCUGAAGCGUUGGAUUGAGGUCAUUGAGCAGUAUGACUUCGACCCCCAGGAGUACAACAAGGUGGCUGAUGCCUUGUCUCGUAGACCUGACUUUUCAGGUGCGCUGAUGACUGAGUUUGAUCUCACGGACGAUGUUACUCGCUCUUUGGUGGAUGCCUAUCGUGAGGACCAGUUCAUGUCUGAGAUCAUACGCAGAGUCGAGGCGAAGGACAAGACGACUUCAGCCGAGUUUGAGUUGGGCAACGGCUUGCUGUUUCUUGAGAAUGCCGGGAAUAAACGGUUUUUGGCAUCGGAGCGGACCUCUCAAUCAGAGGAUCCGCCCAAUCAAGUAGCCAGCUUGCUUGAUCUACUGAUUGUUGAUUGAUUGAUUGAUUGAUUGAUUGAUUGAUUGAUUGAUUAGUAAAUCAAGUAGGACUUC